AUUUGAGCCAAUUUGGACAGAUUGUUGGUGUUAUAAUCUUUGCAGUGAUUUGAUCUGCCUGGGAGCUCAUACUAAUACCGCCGGUCAGAUAUUAUACUUGUUUGAUCGGAUAAAACACUCUCCUCACAUCAUUCACUCAGUUUGUCAAAGGAGCUGAAGGUGGUGCAGCGCGCAGAUCCCACCUUUGAUGAUGACCUACAAGAUUGGCUGCGCCGUGCCCACAACUGGUUGUCGAAGCCCAAAGGCACCACAAACUACUACAAGCUCAUGGCUUUGCCGAUGGAUGCCAGCAAAGACGACAUCCGAAAGCAGUACCGGCGGCUGUGCUUGCAGUGGCACCCCGACAAGUCGGAGGGCGGGCGAGAACGCUUCGAGGAGCUCCAAGUGGCGCACCGAUUUCUGACGGAUGAGGUGCAGAAGGAGGAGUAUGAUUUUGGCAUUUGGCUCGAUCGCCCUGCUCGACAUCAUACCAAGAAACGUGAGAAAGUCAAGGACUCCUGGGAUGACAAGGCUCCGGACGAGGGUCCUCGAACUCAUUACAAUUGGGGAGACCGGCACCUCAUUGAGGAUGAGAAGGUGGAAAGCAUUUACUGGGGAGAGGCUGGGUGUCCAGCUUGGCUUCAGGAGAAGAGGAAAGAGUUCCAGCGAAAGCAGUUUGGAGAUGACUACAUCGUGCCAUAAGAAGUGGCCA